AUGGGACUAAUGUCCAUUUAUGAUUCCUCAAGGCAGUAUAAAAAAGCAAGAACCUUUGUGUCAGGACGUGGGGAGAGUGGGUCUUGCCUGGGGCCCCUGUGUACCUGCACACCUGGUGUGUGGUGGCCACUCACGCCUCUCCCCUCUCUUGCAGUUCGCUACUUUCUGAAGAAUAAGGUCAGCCCCGAUUUGUGCAACGAGGAUGGGCUCACGGCCCUGCACCAGUGCUGCAUCGACAACUUUGAGGAAAUUGUCAAGCUGCUCCUUUCCCACGGUGCAAACGUGAAUGCCAAGGACAAUGAGCUGUGGACACCCCUGCACGCUGCCGCCACCUGCGGCCACAUCAACCUGGUGAAAAUCCUCGUUCAGUAUGGGGCCGACUUGCUUGCUGUCAACUCUGAUGGGAACAUGCCGUAUGACCUCUGUGAGGAUGAGCCCACCCUGGAUGUCAUCGAGACGUGCAUGGCCUACCAGGGCAUCACUCAAGAGAAAAUCAACGAGAUGCGGGCGGCUCCCGAGCAGCAGAUGAUUGCGGACAUCCACUGUAUGAUCGCAGCGGGCCAGGACCUUGACUGGGUCGAUGCCCAGGGUGCCACGCUGCUGCACAUAGCUGGAGCCAAUGGAUACCUACGAGCAGCCGAACUCCUCCUGGACCAUGGAGUGCGCGUGGAUGUGAAGGACUGGGAUGGCUGGGAGCCCCUGCACGCGGCUGCCUUCUGGGGACAGAUGCAAAUGGCAGAGCUAUUGGUAUCUCAUGGAGCCAGUCUCAGUGCUAGGACAUCUAUGGAUGAAAUGCCAAUAGACCUGUGCGAGGAAGAGGAGUUCAGGGUCCUGCUGCUGGAGCUGAAGCACAAGCACGACGUGAUCAUGAAGUCCCAGCUGAGGCACAAGUCGUCCUUGAGCCGGAGAACGUCCAGCGCAGGCAGCCGGGGGAAGGUGGUGCGUCGAGCCAGCCUGUCGGACAGAACCAACCUGUACAGGAAGGAGUAUGAGGGCGAGGCCAUCCUGUGGCAGCAGCGGAGCGCGGCUGAGGACCAGCGGACCGCAGCCUACAACGGGGACGUCCGGGAGACCAGGACAGACCAGGAGAAUAAGGACCCAAACCCCCGGCUGGAGAAGCCCGUGCUGCUCUCCGAGUUCUCUACCAAGAUCCCACGAAGCGAGAUGGACAUGCCCGUUGAGAAUGGCCUGCGGGCUCCGGUCGGCGCCUACCAGUACGCACUGUCCAACGGGGACGCCUGGAACGUGUACGAGGCGCCCGACUACAGCAUGGUCUACGGCAACCCCGGCGUGGCGGACGCCGCCCCGCCCUGGAGCGGCUACAAGGAACAGAGCCCCCAGACGCUUCUGGAGCUGAAGCGGCACCGGGCUGCGGCCAAGCUGCUCAGCCACCCCUUCCUGAGCACCCACCUGGGCAGUGGCAUGGCCAGGACGGGCGAGAGCAGCAGCGAAGGCAAGGCCCCCUUGAUCGGAGGCAGAACUUCACCGUACAGCAGCAAUGGGACCUCGGUGUACUACACGGUCACCAGCGGAGAUCCCCCCCUCUUGAAGUUCAAGGCCCCCAUUGAGGAGAUGGAAGAGAAGGUCCACGGCUGCUGCCGCAUCUCCUAGUCUCCAUGGGACAGAGGAGAGAGAUGCUUUGGGGAGGGGUCCCUGGAAUCCAGGCCGGCCCAGCAGCCCUGGCUGGGGAGCCUUCAGAGGGCAGCUGGG